AAGUCGAUGAGUUGGCUUCGUCACUGUUGUUUUUCAUCAAUUAAAGGCUGACACUGACCGACUGACUCACCUGGAUUUUGGGCCAAAAGUGGCCAGAAAAACGUGCAAAACGCUGUUCGUAAACAAAACGUGUCCAUGUCCUGGAAGAUUCAUCACUCUCUCAUCCUCUCUCACUCUCCGUCACUCACUUUCUCUCUGGAAACUGCGUCAGGCACACACGCAGCUUCCACGACGGUUGCGUGGGAAAUUGUCGAAGCCACUUUGCGACAUUCCCCGUUCUGCGUUGGCCCAAGGUGCACGUGGGGCCGACGACUCUCCGCUUCCGGACCCAUUGCCGAAAAUACAUUCUUCAAGAGAAAUAUACCAAACCAAAGCUUGUAAUCAGCCAACUAAUUUUCCUCCUAAUUCAGUGCGUGUCGAGAAUGCAAAAUUGAUUGCAGCUCCUCGGCAGCAGGACUCAGAGAAACAGUAUGCGAAGAAAAAAGAAAAGUGAAAGUGAAAUGAAAGCUAAUCUGAACCAAAGUCGACUCUAAGCACGGGCCACAAAGUCCCCAAGAGCCGUGCAAAAUGCUCGUAGCGGUUCCGUGUUGCCUGUGUCCAUGUUGUGAUUACAUAAUGAGACGCUGCUAGAAAGUUCAACCCAAACGGAGAAGUCCCAGUCGCCGUCGCCGUCGCAGUCGCAAAGAAAGAAAGUGCCAAGUGUAAGCAAAACCCAGCAAGUAAUAAAUAUCUCAACUCGCCACCAAGUAUCUCUGCCGGAGCAGCCGAAGCAGAAGUAGUAGCAGAAGCAAAUAAGCAAUAGUCGAAGGACCUCAAGGAGCGAAAGGAUGCCCUUCGGUAGAAAGUCACCGCUGGAGGCUCUGGCCCUGCCCGGCGUGAUGCUCGCCUACAAGUACAGCCAGUUCCGGCAGCGCCGACGGGAGGCAGCCAGCCGACGGGUCACCGAGCGCGAACUCUCCGCCCUCCAUCAUAAAAUUGACAAAUUGCUGAGCAAACUGGAGGAGGAAAACGAACCAGACCCUCCCACUUCUCAGGAGGAUGAGUGCGUGAUCUGCAUUAAUGCCCGGGCCACCAUGCAAACAUCGCCUUGUGGCCACCGCGUCGUCUGCCGUCGCUGCUUUGUGAAGACGAUCCAGAGCGCGGUGGCCCAGCGCCUACUGCCACUACGCUGUGUCAUCUGUCGGGCUCGGGUCAACCGGCUGACCUCCUCCUCAGGCACCUGGCGCAUCCAGGAGUCGGCCAGCAGCUACUCCAUGGGCGCCAAGAGCUGGGCCUCUGCCGGAGUGGCCGCCGGCGGAGUGGUGCCAUCGGCCAGCUCCUAUUCCAUGAACGAUGCGCACAGUGGGCACCACACCUUCCAUCAGCCGACGCUGCACAAGUCAGCGGGUGGCGGAGGUGGAGGUGGGGGAGGAGGGCGGCAUCAUCCGCAUCACUAUGCCCUCAGGAAUGGUCGAGUCACCCAAUCGGAUAGCCUCUACUCGAUGAGCUCGACGGGAUCGGCGGGCUCCUCGGUAUCGGGCUACUCACACUACUCCAAGACGUCUUCCAUAUCGAGCAGCGGACCCUGCUCACCGGCCUCGCCGGCUGUGGCUUCCAGCUCCUCCCAUCACCUGGCACCCCCGUCGCCCACCACUCACCAUCAUCCGCAUUCGCCCACGCCCUCGGCUUCCUCGGGCAGUUCCCUGUCACCACGGGAAAACGGAGGCUCUCACUCGCAUCACGGUGGCUGUCCCAGUGGUUGCUCUGGCGCCGUUCCCAGAAAACCGCUUCACUCACUCACCAACUCCGCCUCCACAUCCGCAUCAGCUUCUGCCUCAUCCUCCAGUGGCAGUGGCAGCAGCAGUGGAGGCGGAGGUGGAGGAGUUUGUGUGACAGGAAGUGGUAUGAUGACGCCCACGCACACUUAUCCAGGAAGGCGCCACGUCAAGAACCGGCUGAUGGACAUUCACAAUCGCCUGCCACCCAUCAAGGAGUUCCGUAGUCCGGCCAAAGUGCCGCAUCCCUCUCCCGUGCAUGUCAGCAAUCCUAGAUUUCGUUACUCCACCUACACGAAGUCCAGUGCCCACGAACUGGCUCCUCUGCUGAGGGAGUCUGGAUCACCGCCGCCGCCACGUCGUCCCAGUCCCAUGAACAUCCAGCUAAGUUGCUCUGCCCUGGCCCCGCCCCCUUUAAAGGCGGGCGGGGCAAAGAUCUGUCCGGUGACCUCAAAGAAUUCGCUGCCUAAAAAUGCCUACACAAUGCCCAAGGAUAAAAAGUUAUCUGGAUCAUCCGGAGCCAUGGGUAAGACUGGUGGCACUGCCGGAAAAGGUAAUCCUCCAGGAGCUGGCGGUCCUCGAGCAUCGACGGGAAGCGCGGCCACCACUGCCGGGUCGAGUGGAUCAGGAUCUGGAUCGGGAUCGGGCUCAGGAACAGCCAGUCAUCUGAAGCCCACAUCAAGCUCUUCCAGUCGCAGUUUUCCGCUUUUCUCCGCCGGCAGUAAUCAGAGAGAGAAGGCUGACAAUAAGAAGAACGAAUCCGUUGAGCGGAAAAAGAAGGAGGAGAAGCUCAAGCUGAAGGCCGAGAAGGAAGCCAGAAAGGAAGAGAAGCGACUGGCCAAGGAGGAGGAGCGUCUGGCCAAGCUGCAUGCCAAGGAGGAGAAGAAACGCGGCAAAAAGGAGGCCAAGGAGCUGCUGUUGGCCAACGACGGCAACAGCAAGAAGUGAAAGUGAAGUCGAGAAACCCAAUUAGCCAGCAAAAAUGCAUAUUUAAAGUUGCAAUUCUAGGAGUAAGCCCAUCACCCAGUUACCGUACUAUAUCAAUUCAGAUCGUAUCGGAUCAAAUCAGAUCAACAUCACCCAAAGCCCCACACAUUCCCAUAAAAGAACGAGCUUGAUUUAGGGAUAAUAUUUUGUCAGUUAGCCGUUAAAUCAUUUUGGACAGUUUCGGACCAAAUAUUGGUUAUAUUAUUUAAUUUUUAAGCGAGAAUGGAUUACUUUUUUCAGACUAUUUUAACUUUUAAGUGGCCUAUUGAAAAUACUCGAAAGAAAACGAUGCCAAACCUUUGUAUGAAUGAUAAACUUUUUGGCAGGAGCUAUUCUAACUAUUGUUUUUCGGCUUUUAUUUCACGUUAGGUCUUAUUU